UUCAGUGUCCCCUUUGGAGGCACCGUACACUAUGGUUCACAUCAAUGUGUUGAAAAAAUUUGUUUGUGUUCUUGUGGUGAUACUGGUAGCUCUGACGGUUUGCCUGUGGAGAGAGACGAGAAGAAGCUACUAUGUUCCUUUCAAGACUGAGAGUGAUGAUUUGCACAGGACUUCGGAAAAAUGGAAUCUACUUAAAUCCCAGGGCCUUUUCCAUGAAGCAGCCAGUGAAUUGGGUCAGAUACCCAAAACUUGGUUUAGUGACUCCAACAAAGUAAAAGGCAGCACCUCUGGAACAGCCGAAAAGUUGCAGAAAGCAGCAGACUCUGUGAAGGUAUGGGAUAAGGACAGUUCAUCCAGAAACCUCAUACCCAGGCUGCAGAAGGUCAGAAAAAACUACCUGUCCAUGAACAAGUAUAAUGUGAGUUACAAGGGGAAGAGGAACGCUGCUAAACUCAGCCCGGAGAAGCUGCUCUGCCAGCUACGGGACAGGGUGAACGUGACCAUGAUACAGGGGUCGGAUGGUCCUUUUGAUACCUGGGAGUGGCAGCAGUACCUACCAGGGAAAAGCCUCAAUGAAACAGUGGGCCGCCUGGGUCGCUGUGCUGUUGUGUCCUCAGCAGGGUCUCUGAAAUCAUCUCGUCUGGGACAAGAAAUAGACAGCCACGAUGCCGUCCUGCGAUUCAAUGGGGCUCCUACCAAGGGGUUUCAAGAAGACGUGGGGCAAAAGACAACAAUUCGUCUUGUGAACUCCCAGCUUGUAACCGUUGAGGAGCAGCAGUUCCUGAGGGAAGCACUAUAUAACACUGGAAUCUUAAUUGUCUGGGAUCCGGCACCAUAUCAUGCAGAAAUUCACGAGUGGUACAGAAAACCAGACUACAACUUUUUUGAAAGCUACAGAUCAUAUCGUAGUACACAUCCUGAGCAGCCCUUCUAUAUCCUGAAUCCAAAAAUGCAGUGGCAACUCUGGGAUAUUCUGCAGGAGAAUUCCUUGGAGCAUAUUCAGCCUAAUCCACCAUCGUCAGGAAUGCUUGGUAUCGUGAUCAUGAUGACGCUUUGUGAUGAAGUGGACGUGUACGAAUUUCUCCCUUCCAAACGGCAGACGGACAUUUGCCACUAUUACCAGAAGUUUCACGACCGUGCCUGUACCAUGGGAGCUUACCACCCCCUCCUGUUUGAGAAAAACUUGGUGAAGCAUAUGAACCAGGGCACAGAUGAGGACAUCUAUACUCGUGGGAAAGUUACUUUGCCCGGCUUCCGAAACGUGCAUUGCUAGCAGAUCAGUUUUUAGUGUGUUUAGGCAUUUUUCUUGACUGUCAAAGCACUUUUUAAAUCAGGGUUGUCAGAUUUGUUAGGUCUAAGCACUGGUGUGUUUUUACAGCUCUUCCAUGUUGCA